CCCUUCAAAGUCUCACUUCCAAUUUCAGUCACCUUCUUCUUCUUCUUCUUCUCUCUCUCUCUCUCUCACUCUCUCUCUGUUUCUCUCUCUCUCUGAAGAUGGUCCUCCAGAGAUCAUCCUCUCCGGCGUCUCCGGUCACCAUCACCAUCUCCUCCGGCGGAAGAGGAGCUGCGGAGGGAGCAAUGGGAAGUAGCAGGAGCAUGGGCUUAACCAGCCCAGCCCCUCGUCAUUCCCUUCCCAACAACCUCCACUCUCCAGUCACCGCCUCUCACCCUUCCGGGCGGGCUUCCAGUGGCGGCGGCAGCCGCUAUUGCCCGGCUUCCGCUUCCAGAGAUGAAGGCAGUGAGGCCACCUCCGAGUUUGUCCACUACACCGUUCACAUCCCCCCAACUCCUGACCACCAACCACUGCCAUCCCCUAAGAGAAGCUUCAUCUCCGGCACUAUCUUCACCGGAGGUUUCAAUUGCGUCACCCGCGGCCAUGUCAUGGAGUGCUCUGCUGAUAGUUCUUCGGAGGAAGCCGGGGUCAAGUCGGCGGGAAUGGUUUGUCGGAUGAAUGGCUGUGACGGCGAGGCGUUUCUCUGUGGCUCGAACUCUCCCUGUGAGUGUGACUUCAUGAUUUGCAGGGAUUGUUACUUGGAGUGUAUUGCCAGUGGAGGUCAAUGUCCAGGUUGUAAGGAGAUUUAUAGAGGUGUGAGCGAUGAUGAAGAGUCGCUGGAGGAGGAGGAGGAGGACAAGGCGCUGCCGUUAACAUCUAUGGCUGAGUUGAGAGCGGGGAGAAGAAUGUCACUGAUGAGGUCCACCAAGGCACCACCCGAUUUCGAUCACAACCGGUGGCUCUUUGAGACAAAGGGAACAUAUGGGUAUGGCAAUGCUCUCUGGCCCAAAGACGGGCAUGGUGGAGGAGGAGGAGGAGGAGGAAUGGGGUUUAAGGGAUUCGAUGAGCCACCGAAUUUCGGUGGGAGGUGCCGGAGACCAUUGACAAGGAAAGUAGGAGUGUCUCAAGCAAUCAUCAGCCCAUACAGAUUGUUGAUUAUGAUUCGUUUGGUGGCUCUGGGAUUGUUCUUGCAUUGGAGAAUUAGGCAUCCAAACCAUGAAGCUAUAUGGCUUUGGGCAAUGUCCAUUACUUGUGAGGUCUGGUUUGCAUUCUCAUGGCUUCUUGAUCAGCUCCCAAAGCUUUGCCCUGUCAACAGGGCUACUGAUCUCUCUGUUCUCAAAGAGAGAUUUGAGUCUCCUAGCAUUCGUAAUCCCAAGGGAAGGUCUGACCUUCCAGGCAUUGAUGUAUUUGUAUCGACUGCUGACCCGGAAAAAGAGCCUCCUCUGGUCACUGCCAACACCAUUCUUUCUAUUCUCGCUGUUGACUAUCCUGUUGAAAAGCUUGCUUGCUAUCUCUCCGAUGAUGGUGGCUCACUCCUCACUUUUGAAGCUCUUGCUGAAACUGCCAGCUUUGCUGGUGUCUGGGUCCCCUUUUGUAGAAAGCAUGAUAUCGAGCCAAGGAAUCCAGAGGCAUACUUCAGUCAGAAAAGAGACCCUUUGAAGAACAAGGUUCGCUUGGAUUUCGUCAGAGAGCGCCGGAAGGUGAAGCGAGAGUACGAUGAGUUCAAAGUGAGGAUAAACUCAUUGCCGGAGUCCAUUCGAAGGCGUUCUGAUGCUUAUAAUGCUCAGGAAGAAAUCAGGGCCAAGAAGCAGGAAGCAGCAGGAGGCAAUGGCACUGAGCCUAUCAAGAUACUGAAGGCUACUUGGAUGUCUGAUGGUUCGCAUUGGCCUGGGACUUGGCCUUCUGCCGAGCAGGAUCACUCUAGAGGCGAUCACGCCGGUAUAAUUCAGGCAAUGCUUGCUCCUCCAAACUCAGAACCUGUCAUGGGAUUAGAGGCUAGUGACAAGAACCUCAUUGACACAACCGGCGUGGACAUCAGGCUUCCGAUGCUUGUUUAUGUGUCAAGAGAGAAACGACCUGGAUAUGAUCACAACAAGAAGGCAGGAGCCAUGAAUGCUCUUGUUAGAACCAGUGCCAUAAUGUCCAAUGGUCCUUUCAUUCUGAAUUUGGACUGUGAUCACUAUUUCUACAACUCUCUGGCACUGAGAGAAGGUAUGUGCUUCAUGCUUGAUAGAGGAGGUGACCGUAUAUGCUAUGUUCAGUUCCCUCAGAGGUUCGAAGGUAUUGAUCCAAAUGACCGAUACGCUAAUCACAAUUUGGUGUUCUUUGAUGUUUCAAUGAGAGCCAUGGAUGGUUUGCAAGGGCCAAUGUAUGUAGGAACUGGCUGCAUAUUCCGACGAACCGCUCUUUAUGGCUUUAGUCCUCCUCGAGCUACUGAGCAUCAUGGAUGGUUCGGCAGGAAGAAGAUCAAACUUUUCUUGAGAAAGAACACAAUGGGGAAGAAGAGAGAAUUGGAAGAUGAUAAAGAGAUUAUGCUACAACCUACAGAAGAUGGAGAUAUCGAGUCUCAGCUCUUGCCUAAGAGGUUUGGAAGCUCAGCAACUCUAGUUGCAUCCAUCCCUGUGGCAGAGUAUCAAGGCAGGCUGCUCCAAGACCUCCCCGGUGUUCGACAAGGCCGUCCUGCUGGCGCACUCACUGUCCCCCGGGAGCCAUUAGACGCUGCAACGGUUGCUGAAGCUAUCAGUGUCAUCUCAUGUUUCUAUGAAGAUAAAACCGAAUGGGGCCAGAGAGUAGGAUGGAUAUAUGGUUCUGUCACUGAAGACGUAGUCACUGGUUAUCGAAUGCAUAACAGAGGAUGGAGAUCAGUGUACUGUGUCACAAAGCGAGAUGCAUUCCGAGGCACAGCACCAAUCAAUCUCACCGACCGGCUUCACCAAGUUCUCCGCUGGGCAACAGGUUCAGUGGAGAUCUUCUUCUCCAGAAACAACGCGCUUUUUGCAACCCGAAGAAUGAAGUUCUUGCAGAGAGUGGCUUACUUCAAUGUAGGCAUGUAUCCAUUCACAUCAAUAUUCUUGCUUGUCUACUGCAUUCUGCCUGCAAUCUCUCUAUUCACAGGCCAGUUCAUAGUGCAGUCAUUGAGCAUUACUUUUCUGGUGUUCCUGCUUGCCAUUUCGGCCACAUUGUGCAUGCUUGCAUUGCUGGAGAUCAAAUGGUCUGGAAUCACACUUCAUGAGUGGUGGAGAAAUGAGCAAUUCUGGUUGAUUGGAGGCACAAGUGCACACCCAGCUGCAGUUUUACAAGGACUCCUGAAAGUCAUUGCAGGUGUGGACAUCUCCUUCACACUAACAUCAAAGCCGGCAAGCGAUGACAAUGACGACAUGUUUGCAGAGCUGUAUGCUGUGAAAUGGAGCUUUUUAAUGGUUCCUCCAAUCACUAUAAUGAUGAUAAACAUGAUUAGUAUCGCCGUAGGCGUGGCGAGGACUAUGUACAGUGAGUACCCUCAAUGGAGCAAGCUGCUUGGAGGAGUUUUUUUCAGCUUCUGGGUGUUGUGUCAUCUUUAUCCAUUCGCCAAAGGAUUGAUGGGAAGAAGAGGAAAAGUUCCGACGAUCAUCUACGUCUGGUCCGGGCUGUUGUCUAUUGUCAUUUCAUUGCUCUGGGUGUACAUUAGUCCCCCUGCCGGAAGGUUCAAGGAUUCCAUGAAUUUCCAGUUCCCUUGAGAGAUCACACAACAACAGCAACAGCAACAAGAGUUCAUAUAUAUAUAUAUUGGAAUAUACUGAACUUUUAGUAUGUUUGAUUGUUUCUUAGCAGCAGUUAGAUUUCCUGAAUUUCAUCAGUUCAUGUUAGUUGAUUGAUACUUUGAUUUCUCUGAGUUUUGUGAAUUGUUGAAUAGAUUGGAGUUUUUUUUUCAUUAUUAAUGUAUACAACGUGAUCCAUGUGACUUGUUGUCACUUAA